AUGUCUUUCCUUCAGAGAUUCCCUUACCUUCAUAAUAGAAGUCUGUGGCAGCGUUGCAGCCGAUUUUUCUCUUCUAAGAGUGCGCUGAGUGUACUUGUUGUUGGAAUUGGGAAUCCUACUCCAACAUAUAAUGGUACUCGGCAUAGUGUGGGCCACUACAUACUAGAUAAGAUGAUAGAAGAGUACUGGACCAACUUUGGAUCUUUCAAGCCAAUGGCGUUGAAUUCUCUGUUUGUUUACAGCAAGUCUCAAACGGCGGAGCUCAGCAAUGUGCUCUUGGCAAAAACAGUCUCGUCGUAUAUGAAUCUCAGCGGAACUCCAGUUUCCAAACUAUGGCAGAAAUACCACCAGCAGAAUUUGAAUUCUCGGCCAGCAAUGGUGGUUUUGCACGACGAGCUACAAGUGCCCCUUGGUAAGAUCCAGAUCCGCCGCAGAAACACCAGCGCCAGAGGCCAUAACGGCUUGCGCUCUAUAGACCAGGCCAUAGGUUCCAAUUACAUCAAGCUCGCGAUAGGUAUCGGCAAGCCGCCGCAAAAAACGCUGGUUCUGGACUUCGUCUUGGCCAAAUUCUCUCCGGUGGAACUUGAAACACUAGCAGAACAGACGAUGCCUAAAGUAGCCAAGGCUAUGGCGGAGUUUGCAAAAGGACAGCAUAUUUACGAGACAUACGACCAUUCAAAAAAAUAA